AUGGAUGCAAUAAAAAGAGAAGUGAAGGCUUUUGCUGGGGCACUUUUCAGCUCGGUUAUCAUUCUCGUCCUCGAUUACUUGCCCAAGUUUAUCAAACGAAAACAUCUUGAAGGAGAGUAUCAUGGAGAAGCGCUAGAAAAACGUCUCGAAACGAAAAUUUUUGGAGGAUGGAAAAUGUUCAAAACGAUGUAUGAAAUCAACAAGCUUGAGCCACUUCUGAAAACUGGACAAAAGCUUCCACAAAACUUGGAGAUCAUCGAUCCUUAUGGUCAAACUAAGGAAGCGACGAAAAAGUUCUCUCACGUGAACUUUUUGGUGGUCUACAUCGCCGAGGCGCAUCCAACAGAUGGUUGGAUAAUCCCCCUCGAGGAUCAGCCUGAAAUUUCAUCGCACCAGAACGCGACUGAACGACUUGUUGCAUCGAAUCAACUUCGAGAGAGGAUGGCGGCUCAAGCUGGUCUUCACGCGAAAAUUUUAUGCGACAAAAUGGAUAAUCGACUGUCCCUUCUAUUCGCGGCCCACCCGGAGCGACUUGUCGUGCUCAAAGGCGAUCAAGUCGUCUUUAUUGGCGGAAAAGGACCGUUUGAUUAUUCAAUCAACGAUUUGGAAGAUUUUCUGCAAAAACAAAAAUAA